AUGGCGUCUACGCAGUUCUCGUACUCGAGCGCGCGUCUGCGCCGCGUCAAGUACCUGCAGUUCGGCGUGUUCAGCCCCGAGGAGAUCCGCGCCAUGUCUGUGACUAAGCAGACGAAGGUCAACGACCGUAUUAUCCCCGACGGCAUUUCGCGCCCGGAAACGUACUUAAACGGACAUCCUGUUAUUGGAGGCAUUGGAGACCCACGUAUGGGCACGUGUGACUUCCGCGCUCGUUGCAAGACUUGUGACUGCACAUACAGCGGCAGUGGAGGCAAGGUGAACGACUGUCCGGGUCACUUUGGCCACGUUGAGCUGGCCCGCCCCAUGUACCACAUGGGUUUUAUCAAGGAAGUGCUCAAGAUCCUACGCUGUGUGUGUUUUCACUGCUCCAAGGUGCUGAGCGACGAGCGCGACCAUCGCUUCCGCUCUGCCAUGAAGAUCAAGAACGGCAAGCGUCGACUGAAGGCCGUGUACGAGAUCUGCAGCAACAAGAGCAUGUGUGAGUACGGCGAGGAAGCUGACAUGGAGAAAAUGCGCGAGGACCUCAACAUCGGUCUACAGGGGGGACUGGACGACAAGUCCAAGCCCAAGGAGGGUGGUCACGGAGGUUGUGGUGGUCUCCAACCCAAAUACCGCAAACAGGGUAUCAAACUGUUGGUAGAGUUCCCUGAACAGAUGGAAGAUGUGCCCGGUUCGGGUGAUCGCAAGCAGAAUCUGCCGGCUGCGAAGGUGUUGUCGAUCUUCAAGAACAUAUCGGACGAGGACUGCUUCGCUCUCGGACUGGACCCUCGCUGGGCUCGCCCUGAUUGGCUUGUCAUGACUCUCAUGCCGGUGCCGCCCCCGCACGUUCGUCCUUCUGUGGCUAUUGACGGUAUGGCGCGUGGUGAAGACGAUCUUACGCACAAUUUGGCUUCUAUUGUAAAGGCGAAUUUGGCGUUGCUGAAUUGUGUGCGCAAGGGCGAACCUUCGCAUAUUAUCGAGCAGUUCGAACAACUGUUGCAGUUCCAUUUGGCGACUUUCCUUAACAACGAGCAGCCUGGUCUCCCACAAGCUCAGCAACGUUCCGGUAAGCCGCUUAAGACACUGCGGCAGCGUCUGCGUGGUAAGGAAGGCCGUAUUCGUGGUAACUUGAUGGGUAAACGUGUGGAUUUCUCGGCUCGUACGGUCAUUACUGCUGAUCCGAACCUGGCUAUUGAUCAAGUCGGCGUCCCUCGGUCCAUCGCGAUGAAUCUUACUGUGCCGGAACGUGUGACUCCGUUCAAUAUGAAUUACAUGCACCAGCUGAUUGCAAAUGGCCCGCUUGAACAUCCUGGUGCCAAGUACAUCAUUCGCGAAGACGGCAAUCGUAUUGAUUUGCGUUACAUCAAGAACAAGUCGGACCUUGCGCUUAAGUGCGGGUGGAUCGUGGAGCGUCAUCUUCGUGACGAUGAUUUGGUGCUGUUCAACCGUCAACCUUCGUUGCACAAAAUGUCCAUUAUGUCGCACCGUGUUAAGGUGUUUGACUGGUCGACGUUUCGUCUGAAUCUGUCCGUCACGUCCCCAUACAACGCCGAUUUCGAUGGUGAUGAAAUGAACCUGCACGUGCCACAGUCGAUGACAGCUCGUGCUGAUGCACAGGAACUCAUGAUGGUGCACAAGGUGAUUAUCACUCCGCAGAGCAAUCGCCCCGUCAUGGGUAUUGUGCAGGAUUCUCUGCUCGGUGCACAAAAGUUUACUAAGCGAGAUAUCUUCUUGCACAAGGAUUGGGUCAUGAACCUGCUCAUGUGGGUUUCCAAUUGGGAUGGCAAGGUCCCAACACCUGCUAUUUUGGUACCGAAGAAAGGAGAAUUGGGCAAGUACACGCCAAUCUGGACAGGAAAGCAGAUUUUCUCGGCAAUUGUCCCUGCGAUUAACUUUACUGGGUUUUCGUCGACACACAAAAGUAGCGAGAAGUUCUCAGAUCUGUCUCCUAUCGACUCUCGUGUGAUAAUUCAGCAGGGUGAGUUGUUGGCGGGUAUAAUUGACAAGAAGAUCAUUGGUUCAUCGGCCGGUGGUUUGGUCCACAUUACGAUGCUUGAGAAGGGACCCGAUGAGACCAAACGUCUUCUUGGUGCAAUUCAACAGCUGGUGAACAACUGGUUGGUUGGGCGUAGUUUCACUGUCGGUGUGAGUGACACGAUUGCCGAUGUGUCUACGCUGAAGACUAUUGUGGAUAUUAUUACCCAGGCCAAGGUGCAAGUGCACGAUUUGGUGGUGCGUGGACAGAAAGGAAAACUGGAAACUCAGCCUGGCCGAACAAUGGUUGAGUCCUUCGAAGGUUUGGUUAAUAUUGUGUUGAACACUGCUCGUGAUCAAGCUGGUCGUGAGGCACAGGGCAGUCUGGAUGAGACGAACAACAUUAAGGCUACGGUAACGUCCGGUUCCAAGGGUUCUUUCAUUAAUAUCUCCCAGAUUAUUGCUUGUGUGGGUCAGCAGAACGUUGAAGGAAAGCGAAUCCCGUACGGUUUUAACCACCGUACGUUGCCGCACUACGGCAAGGAUGACCUUGGCCCCGAGAGUCGUGGUUUCGUUGAAAACUCGUACCUGAAGGGCUUGACGCCACAGGAGUUCUUCUUCCACGCUAUGGGUGGUCGUGAAGGUCUGAUUGAUACAGCUGUGAAGACGGCCGAGACUGGUUACAUUCAACGUAGACUUGUCAAGGCAAUGGAGUCGGUUAUGACACGCUACGAUGGCACUGUGCGGAACGCUCAGGGUGAAAUUAUUCAAUUUUUGUACGGCGAGGACGGUAUGGAUGCUGUCUGGGUCGAAAAGCAACGAUUCGAAUCGCAUAAGCUGAACAAGGUGCAGUUUGAAAAGAAGUACGUUUUCGACCCGUCGGAUGAAGACCUUGGAUGUGUACCGAACUGCCCCGACCAGCUAUACCUCGAGCCGGACAUCAUCAAGGAUAUUCGGACGAACCAGCGCACACAACAGCUGCUGCGUGAAGAGCUGACGCAGCUUCAGAAGGAUCGUGUGAACCUGCGUGUCAUUUUGGCAAGUCGUGGCCAGGGCCAGGAGUCCGAUAACGCCGCCCAGAUUCCGGUGAAUAUCCGUCGUUUGGUGGAGAAUGCACAGCAGCUGUUUAGCAUCGACAUGCGAAAGCCAUCAAGUCUUCACCCGUCACGCAUAAUUGAAGGAGUGAAGGAACUGUGCAAGAAGAUAAUCGUUGUGCAGGGCGAUGACCGGCUGAGUAUCGAGGCCCAAGAGAAUGCGACACUGUUCUUCCAGAUUUUAUUGCGGUCAACGCUUGCGUCCAAGUGCGUUACACUGGAGCACCGUUUGACGGAGACAGCAUUCGAGUGGCUCAUGGGUGAAAUUGAGUCCAAGUUUACGAGCGCGUUGGUGUCUGCUGGUGAGAUGGCAGGUGUGGUGGGAGCCCAGUCGAUUGGUGAGCCGGCGACGCAGAUGACACUGAACACAUUCCACUACGCCGGUGUGUCUGCUAAGAAUGUGACACUUGGUGUGCCUCGCCUGAAAGAAAUUAUGAACAUUGCGAAGGACGUUCGGACCCCAUCGCUGCGUAUCUUCUUGACGCCUGAUUGCGCUCAUGAUGCCGAUAAGGCUAAGUUUAUUCAGUCACAACUAGAGUACACGACAUUGGCAGACGUGACGGCCAACACCUCGAUCUACUAUGAUCCUGAUCCGAUGAACACGGUGGUCGAAGAGGACCAGGAGUUUGUGGCUUCGUACUACGAAAUGCCCGAUGAGGACACGCCGAUCGCUCGUUCUCCGUGGCUUCUGCGUAUUGAGCUGAACCCGAAGAUGAUGGCAGACAAGAAGUUGACGAUGGGUGAAAUCGCUGCACAAGUGGAAGCUGAGUAUGGGCAGGAUCUUUCGUGUAUCUUUACUGAUGAUAACGCUGAUCGCCUGGUGCUGCGUAUCCGUAUAAUGAGCGACGAAGAAGAGAAGCUGCAGCGCUCAGGUGAGACUGCAGUUGGACAGGAAGAUGACACAUUUCUGAAGCGUGUGGAGCACAAUAUGCUCACGCAGAUGAAAUUGCGUGGUAUCGAGGGUGUGAAGAAGGUUUACAUUCGUGAAGGACCGUCGACACACUGGUUUGACGACGUUGGUUUCAAGAUGAUGAACGAGUGGAUGCUGGAUACAGAUGGCACGAAUCUUCUUGAUGUAAUGUGCUACCCCCAAGUCGACUCCACCCGUACGAUCUCAAACGACAUUGUCGAAAUCAUUCAGGUGCUGGGUAUUGAAGCUGUUCGUCGUGCGCUACUGAACGAAAUUCGACAGGUCAUUUCUUUCGAUGGUGCCUAUGUGAAUUACCGACAUUUGGCGUGCUUGUGUGAUGUAAUGACAUUCCGUGGUCACCUCAUGGCCAUUACUCGUCACGGUAUCAACCGUGAUGACUCUGGUCCACUUGUCCGCUGUUCGUUUGAAGAGACGGUGGAAAUUCUGAUGGAUGCGGCCAUGUUCUCGGAGGGAGAUCCACUGACGGGUGUGUCGGAAAAUGUCAUGCUGGGUCAGUUGGCUCCACUCGGUACAGGAAUAAUGGAUUUGGUGCUCGACGCGAAGAAACUGGCGAAUGCUAUUGAGUAUGAAGCGUCGGAAAUUCAGCAGGUGAUGCAGGGUCUCGACAACGAAUGGAGGAGUCCGGACCAGGGUCCAGGCACACCGAUGGCGACUCCUUUCGCGUCGACGCCCGGUUUCUCGGCAUCAUCGCCAUUCAGCCCCGGUGGUGGCUCGUUCUCACCGGCGGCUGGCGCUUUCUCGCCUAUGGCAAGCCCGGCGUCUCCUGGUUUCAUGGCAGCGUCGCCUGCUCACAGCCCUGCGUCUCCGUUGAACCCGACAUCGCCUGCAUACAGUCCGAUGUCGCCGGCGUACAGCCCAACGUCUCCAGCAUACUCGCCGACGUCCCCAGCCUACAGCCCGACGUCUCCUGCGUAUAGUCCGACUUCGCCUGCUUACUCACCGACGUCUCCGGCUUACAGCCCCACAUCCCCUGCAUAUUCGCCGACGUCUCCAGCUUACAGUCCGACUUCUCCGGCAUACUCGCCGACGUCACCAGCCUACUCGCCGACUUCUCCAGCUUACAGUCCGACUUCGCCAGCGUACUCUCCGACAUCCCCGGCAUACAGUCCAACGUCCCCGGCAUACUCGCCCACGUCGCCUGCAUACAGCCCAACGUCGCCCGCAUACAGUCCGACUUCGCCUGCGUACUCACCAACGUCACCAGCCUACAGCCCGACAUCCCCGGCGUACAGUCCGACGAGUCCGGCUUACAGCCCCACUUCUCCGGCCUACACGCCUGCGUAUUCGCCUACGUCCCCGGCGUACAGUCCCACAUCACCGGCAUAUUCGCCAACGUCGCCUGCGUACUCGCCGACAUCUCCAGCGUACUCGCCAACGUCGCCAGCAUACUCGCCAACUUCACCGGCGUACAGUCCGACUUCGCCAGCUUACUCGCCGACUUCUCCAGGGUACAGCCCGACGUCGCCCAGCUAUAGUCCUGCCUCUCCUGAGUACAACCCGACGGAGGGCUACAAUCCGAGUGCAAGUGGCUACAGCCCAACGGAUGCCGAUGAGAAGAAGGAAGAGGAUUCGAAGUGA